AUGGAGGACAGGCCCACGUCGUCGUCGCCGCCUGCGCCCCCGUCCACAGUGGCCAGCGGCACCACGGCCGCAUCCGCAUCCGCUGACAGCCCCGAGCCCAAGCGCCGCAAGGUCCGCAAGGGCACGCACACCUGCUGGGAGUGCAAGCGACGCAAGGUCCGGUGCACCUUUGCCAACGCCGGCGACACCGUCUGCAUCGGCUGCGCCAAGCGCUGUCUGCCGUGUGUCAGCCAGGAGUUCCCCGAGGACCCGACGACGCCGGCCGUCAAGAGCCGCCUGGUCGGCGACCGCAUCGUGCGCGUCGAGGCCAUGAUCCAGCAGCUGGUGCAUCAGUCCCAGCAGUCGGCCAACGGGCAGAGCCCGGCAUCCCAGCACGUGCCCCAACUCCCCCAACUCCCACCACAUCCGAACCAUCGCCCGAGCCGGGACGGCUCCCCGGACACAGCCACAAUGGCCACGUCGACGUCGUCGUAUUCCUCGUCGUCGGCGACGGCCGUCAGCAACAUGCACACGCCGGCCAGCGACACGUCGUCCGCCAAGGGCGCCUCCGCCACCGGCGCCGCUGGCGGCCUCGCCCUCGCCGACAUCUCCGCCGCCCUCCUCGCCGCGCUCCCCGCGCCCCACGACCUCGACCUCAUCGCGGCCUACGGCCACACCGGCUACAACUACUACCAGAUCGUCGUGCGCUCGCAGCAGGACAUCCAGAAGACGGGCUUCUGGCCCACCACCGAGCUGCGCAGCCGCCACACGCCGCAGACGCACCCGGUCGUCAUUGCGCGCCAGAUGCUGCUGAUCGCCAUGGUGCUGCAGAACUCGGACCCGCUGGCCCAGAAGGGGCUCGAGGAUGGCCACCUCGCCGAACCCGUGCGCAGCAUCAUCACGCGCCUGGGCGACACGGCCGCGCGCCUCGUCAACGCCAACGACGAGCUCAUCGACACGCUCGACACGCUCGACGGCCUCGAGUGCAUCAUGCUCGAGGCCAUGUACCGCGGCAACGCGGGCCGUCUGCGCCGCGCCUGGCUGACGUGGCGCCGCGCGCUGUCGCUCGCCCAGCUGAUGUGCAUCCCGCGCCGGCCGCACCGCAACCCGGCGUCCUCGGUCACCGUGGCGGCCGCCUCGUCCAAGUCGUCGGCGUCGUCCAUGCCGUCGUCGCUCUCCGCGUCAUUGACCGGCACGCACAGCCUGGACCCGCAGUUCCUGUGGUACCGCAUCCUGUCGGCCGAGCGCUUCCUGUGUCUGCUGCUGGGCCUGCCGCAGGCCGCCUUCGAGGCGCCCAUUGCCUCCAACGAGAUGCUGCGCAACGACACGCCCAUGGGCCAGCUCGAGCAGAAGCUGAGCAUGAUCACCAGCUACAUCUUGGACCGCAACGACCGCGGCCACCGCUUCGACGACCACUCCAUCACCGAGCAGAUCGACCGCGAAAUGCAGCGCAUCGCCGCCACCCUGCCCAGCCGCUGGUGGCUCGCGCCCAACCUGGCCGCCGUCCCGCCGGGCGACCACGAGCAGAGCGUCUGGGAGAUGAUCCGCCUCACCAACCAGGUCCUGUACUACAACAUCCUCAACCAGCUGCACCUGCCCUACAUGCUGCACCCGCCCUCGUCCUCCGUGCCGCUGUCCGCCGCCGACCAGCGCCGCCUCGAGUACAGCCGCGUCGCGUCCGUCGGCGCCUCGCGCGAGGUCCUCAGCCGCUACGUCCUGUUCCGCAGCUUCAACCAGUCCGCCUGCUGCUGCCGCCUGCUCGAGUUCUUUGCCCUCAUGGCCUCGCUCACCCUCAUCCUCGUCCACAUCGACGGUCACCGCCACACCGCCCAGCACGGCCCCGCGAGCAACGUCCUGGCCCACCAGCGCCUGUCCGACCGCGCCAUGAUGGAGGAGGCCCUGGACAGCAUGGACCUCGUCGCCCGGCUCAACGAGGAGGACACCAUCAGCGAGACGAGCGUCGACCUGCUGCGCCAGCUCAUGGACAUUGAGGCCGACACCGCCAUGGGCUCCAGCCGCGCCCUCGAGUCCUUGUGCCACCGCACCGGCCGCGGCGGCCUGCUGGGCACGUUUGCGGACGGUUCUGGUGGGCUGGGGCUGGCGCCCGACCGCGCCGGCGACGAAGCCACCGGCGCCGCUGCGAACGGACCCGACAAGGCCCACCACGCCGCCAAACUCCGCAUCUCCGUGCCCUAUGUGGGCUUCAUCACCAUUGCCCGCGACGGCGAAAUCACCAAAGAAGCCCACCCGCCGCAGGAUUCGCCCGCCUUCCCUGCCGCCAACGGCGAAGACAUGGUCAUUCCGCGGCUCGUGCCGCUCAUGUCGGACGGCCAGCAGCAGCAACAGCAGCAGCAGCAGCAGCAACAACAGAUGCAAUCCCUCGCCGUCCACCCCCAACAACACCCGACACAUCUCGGCCUCGUCCCGGACGUCGGCGUCAACACGCCGCCACCCUUCCCCGGCUGUCUCAAUGACGCCGAUGCAUUGGCGUCCAACCAGCCGCCCGUCGGCCUGCUCUACCCAAAUGGUGCAUCCGCCAACACCACGACUGCCAACAACAACAACAACCACGGCAGCGGCAGCAGCGGCAGCAGCAACAACAACAACAGCAACAGCCACAACCACCACAACCACCACAGCGCACACCACACCGCCCAGCAGCACAGCAUCAUUGGCGCCGCCGACCCGUGGGCCUUCCAGGGCGUCGACAUGGCCUUCUUCGACAGCCUCAUGCGCGAGACGUCCAAUGUCCAAGUCGAGCCGCGGACGUGUACUGCCGACGCGACGUGUACCGCCGACGCGACGGGCACCACCACCAACUGCACCGGCAGUCCCGUGACCGCGGUCAACACGGUCAACACCGUCAAUACGGUCAACACCAACCCGCCCGGCGCCAGCCGCACCGGCAGUCUGUGGAUGGCCACGAGCGGGGCGCACGAUGUCGAGCAGCAACGCCAACAGCAGUUCCUGGGAAGUCGAGUGGGCUGA